CCACGUGCACACCGUAUCCGUAUUGGAUAAGGAUUCUGAUAGAAACCUGUUUAUUAUGAUUCUAUCGGAUCUAGUUGUGACGUUGGGAAAUUGGGGAUUUAUGGAGAAUUGGGGAAGAAUUAGGGAUUUGAGAAAGAACAAGAGAAUCGACCUAGGCCUUUAGAGGGAUCGAGAUCGAGAAUUGAGAGGAUUGGGAGAAUAGGGUUUAGGAGAUGGAUUUCUUAAUAUUCUUCUUAUUGCCUCUAAACGAAUAACAAAGUACAUUUAUGUAGGAAAAGAGCUGAAAACCUAAUAAUAACCCUGAACUUAACCACCAAUUAAGUAAUAAUUAUCCCUAAUAUGAAUAUGGUAAUUAUGAUAGAAACCCGUGGAGAAUAGGUUUCUAUCAGAUUCCAACACCAAAAAGGUAACCCUAACUUAUCUACCACUUAAUUCGACCCAAUCUCGUCACCACCACCGAAACUUUGAAUUUGGUUUUUUGUACUGUUAGAGCAUUUGUGAAGAAGAUCAUUUGAGGUUGCUGUUGUAGGGGAAGAGUUCAAUCCUGUGUUGUUUCAGACCAAAAUAUAAAGCGAGAAAUAUGAAGAGAACAGAAUGUACAACCGUAGGGUUGCUCCUAGAAGACCAUUGACGACUGAUGCUUAUACCCAAUUCGAAGAGUACGGGUUCCUUGAGGCGUUUGUGGAGCAAGAAUGGCUAAAGGUCAUUUGGUUGUGUUCUUUUAGAUUGUGUUAUUUUAUUGUUUUGUCUGGAAAACCAUUUGGUUUGAAACAACUAUGAUCGUCAAUUGAUGUUAUGUGGUUUUUAAUUUGAGGUAUGUGUGAACAAUUAUGAGUUGUGUUUUAUUGUAUUUCUUGUUAGAUGUCGAGUUGUUAUGUUAUGAAGUUAUGAUUUCUACUUUCUUGAUAUCAUGAUUGAGUACUGAUUCUGUUGGUUUUAAAUGCUUUAAUGUACGAGCAAACUAACACACACAUCGACAUACAUAAGCAAAAAUUAAGGUCAUGUGUUGAUUUUCCUAUAUGAGGUCGACCGCGAAACCAACAAUAUUGAUUUACGUUUCACGCACAAGGUCAAUGGAUGAAUAGAUAGCACUUUAGUCUUGUAUCUGGUCGACCUCAUGAUGUAUAUGGUCGACCAUUUUAGUAAUUUACGGUCCACCAUUUUGCUUCUUAUUCAAUUGAAAGGUCGACCGAAAAUUUGUCGGGGUCGACCAUUAAAGUAUCGACUAACUAAACACGGUCGACCACUAUGCUAUUUAAGGUCGAUCGUGAGGUUUCAGUAGAGUGACCACGAUGGUAAAUUCGGUCGAACGCAUGUAGACAGAGGUCGACCGAAAAGUGCAUGCUACGAUAACUUGUAAGGCACCCGGCGCACCCAAAAUUAUUUUAAAAAUGAUUCAAAUUUCAAAAGUUUGGAACGGAGAAGGAGACCCCACCAACCUUUUGUCUCAUGCCACGUCGUCGUCUCCAAAAUUCCUCCCCGCUGGCUCAAAUUCAGUAGCCACUAGCCAGUCAGUAGUAGUAACGCACACUACAGUAAGCCAACCAGCCCACCGAGCCCGUCUCCACUCCACACAGUCGAAGUCGAAACCCCCCAUUUCCUCCGAAGUAAUCGCGGUGAGAAACCGUCGAAACGGAAUAAAGGCGAAAAUAGCUCCACUCGCUCUCUUCUUCCUCCUCUUCUCCCCUUUCUUCUUCAUUUUUCUGCUGUCUCGUUCCCCAAAGACAAUGGAGAGCUUGAUCGGACUCGUGAACAGGCUGCAAAACGCAUGCACUCUCCUCGGCGAUUAUGGCUCCGCCGGCGAUUCCGUCUUCUCUUCCGUCCCUACUCUCUGGGAGUCCCUCCCUUCCGUCGUCGUCGUCGGCGGUCAGAGUUCUGGGAAGUCGUCGGUGUUGGAGAGCAUCGUCGGCCGAGAUUUUCUUCCCAGGGGAUCAGGGAUUGUGACAAGGAGGCCGUUGGUGCUGCAAUUGCACAAGGCAGAACCAAGGGUUGAGGACUAUGCAGAGUUCCUUCAUUUACCAAAGCAGAGAUUCACGGAUUUCUCUAUGGUUAGGAAGGAGAUUCAAGAUGAAACUGAUAAAAUGACAGGAACCAACAGACGCAUUUCACCUGUUCCUAUUCAUCUAACCAUCUAUUCCCCAAAUGUUGUUAAUCUGACCCUCAUAGAUCUGCCCGGUCUAACAAAGGUUGCUAUAGAGGGACAGCCAGAGGCCAUUGUUAGGGACAUCGAAAGUAUGGUUCGCUCAUACAUUCUAAAGCCAAAUUGCAUCAUUCUGGCAAUUACUCCUGCCAAUCAAGAUAUAGCUACAUCGGAUGCUAUAAAGCUCUCCAAAGAAGUUGAUCCAUUGGGGGAGAGGACAUUUGGGGUAUUGACAAAGCUUGAUUUGAUGGAUAAAGGAACAAAUGCUGUUGACAUCCUUGAAGGACGGGCUUACCAGCUUCGUCAUCCUUGGGUUGGAAUUGUGAAUCGCUCACAAGCUGAUAUCAAUAGCAAAGUAGACAUGGUUGCUGCUCGACAAAGGGAACACGAGUUUUUUGCAACUAGUCUUGACUAUAGCCAUCUAGCUGGCCGAAUGGGCUCUGAAUAUCUUGCAAAGCUUCUGUCAAAGCAUUUGGAAGCUGAAAUCAAGGCCCGCAUACCAGCUAUCACAUCUCUAAUCAACCAUAGUAUCGAUGAACUCGAGAGAGAAAUGUCACACAUUGGGAAUCCUAUUGCGGUGGAUGCUGCUGCCCAAUUGUACACCAUUCUAGAGUUAUGUCGUGCCUUUGAGCGAGUUUUCAAGGAGCAUUUGGAUGGAGGGCGACCUGGUGGUGACCGAAUAUUCACAGUUUUUGACAGCCAGCUUCCUGCUGCUUUGAGGAAACUGCCAUUCGACCAGCACUUGUCUUUGCAGAAUGUAAAGAGAAUUGUGUCACAGGCGGAUGGGUACCAUCCUCAUUUGAUCGCUCCUGAGCAAGCCUAUCGCCGCCUGAUUGAUGGUGCACUUAGUUACAUCAAGGAACCAGCCGCAGCUUCUGUGGAUGCUAUUCACUCCAUUUUGAAGGAGCUUGUCCGGAGGUCCAUUAGAGAAACUGAGGAACUGAAGCGGUUCCCAGCACUCCAGAACGAAAUUGCAUCUGCAGCUUACGAUGCAUUGGAGAGGUUCCGUGGAGAUAGCAGGAAGACGACUCUAAGGUUGGUGGAGAUGGAGUCCUCAUACUUGACUGUGGACUUCUUCAGAAAGCUACCCAUGGAGCCAGAAAGGGGCAGUGCAGGAAGCCCCAUUUCCUCGACUACAGACCGUUACUCCGAAGGGCACUUCCGCAGAAUAGGAUCGAACGUUUCGUCCUAUGUUGCCAUGGUGGCUGAGAACUUGAGGUACACCAUUCCUAAAGCCGUGGUCCAUUGUCAAGUGAGGGAAGCUGGCCGAUCGCUGCUCGAUCACUUCUACAUCCAAUUGGGCCGAAGAAAUAGCAAGCAGCUUGGAGCACUGUUGAAUGAAGACCCAUUAUUGAUGGAAAGAAGGCAGAGGUUCAGCAGGAGGCUGGAGCUAUACCAAUCAGCAAGGGAUGAGAUAGAUUGGGUUUUGCGGUCUGAAUGAAUUGACUUCAUAGGUAGCUUGGAGAUGGGAGAAAGAAAGAUCAUAAUGCAAAUCAGAUUAGCUACUUUGGGCUCGAUCAAAUUUUGCUGACUCUUUUCUCGUCUUGGCUUUGCACAUAUCCUGUUGCUCUGUUCCUCUCUGGUUCAUGCAUUUCUAGGGCAGAGUUCUUAAGGCAUUCUUUUAGGUUUAAUCCAUUGUUUCCAAGUAGAUAGAAGUGCAAAUCGCAGAGAGGUAACAAAAGAGAUUCACAAGCCAGAAAUUGAAUGGCAUUUUACUAGAUUCGAGCCCGCCUGUUGGGCGGAUAGCCAAAUAUAUUGUGUCGAUGGCAUAAACAACAAUAGUAAUUGUUCAAAGCAAGUUACGUUUCUUGUUAUGCGAAAAAAUAUAAAUUAUUCUGUAACUGAAAAAAAUAAUAUACAUGAACAUAUAUCAUAGAGUUAUUCGAUGUUCUAACUGAUUCUCUUAUGUAAUGAUGAAAGUAAAUAACUAAAUCCCUACCAAAGAUGCGAUUCCUAAUUAGAAAAAAUUAUCAAACUAAACCAAUACAAAGAUCUCCUCCAUCAAAAUUAUCUACCUUCUUAUCAACAAUUUCAUUAUCUCCAUUAUCAAAUCCACUACCUUCAAUAUUAUCCGACACUUCCUCUAAAAAAAGGCUCUUUCUUCUUCUCCCGGACUUUCAUGAAAACGAAAGUUUAAUUAGAGAAUGUUUGCAAUCAUGACACUGCAUGUAUAAAUUUAUUCCAUUCAAGUCAUUAUAUUGUCGAUGAUUUGUUGUUUCUCCACAUCGGAACCUCUAUCUCCAACAUAAAUAGCAUCUUCCUUCUUCUAAACAACGUCAUUAUUUCAAUCACAAGAUCCAUUAACUCCACUUUAGGAGACUCUUCUUCUCCUACACUUCAGCAAAUUCAAAAUUUUCUUAGUAAAAUGUUUGAAAAUAU